AUGAGCCAGUGGGAACAACUCUACUUGCGACGCGAAUGCAUGAAUUUACUGGUCCACAAGUACAGACGUAAAAACGCGCAUGCAAGCUUGACAUGGGCCAGUUGUUCAAAGCUGGAUUAGCGCUAACCCUGGGUUAAAAUUUAACCUGCUGUUUUACUUCAUCUGUUUCUGCACGUCUGUUUAAUUCAAAACGUCAGAGAGGAAAGCAUCUACUGAUCCGCAAAAGAUUUAUCAAGAAAUAUUUCCAAGUUUAUAAACAAGCUGUUUGGAUGUUUGCUUUGAAUUUUGGGUUAACCUUGGGGUAACAGGUGGGCAAUUUGUCGACACUGACCAAAAAUAGCGGCUCAUUUCUUCUUGAGUUGCCAUUUUCGCGUCGAAGAGCAAAAAUAUAGACUUUCGGAGAAUAUUUUAGCUGUUUACUAUCAAAUAUAUUUGUGAAACAGUAUAUAAUCUCACUGAGGAAGGCAAACGGUUUCUGAAAAGCUAAAGUACGUCGAAAUCAGCGUUGGAAUAGACUAUAUUUUCACCGGGGAAACAUGAACUAAAUGGAUAUUUACAUCAACACUAAAUUUCGCUCGUGCCUACAGAGCUAGCUGGAUUAAAACAGAUGUUAAGAAGUAAGUGAAAAUGUGAAUUUUGUGACUUAUACUUUCAUUAAAAUGUUUCAGAAGGGCUGCUAAUGUCAAACUACACGUGUGACAGAGCUGUCAGUAUACCCAUAUUUCAAUGUUUAUGUUGAAAUGGCCCAUCUUCUUUGAGGUAUAGCUUAAAAAUUAGGGUAUGCUCAUCACUUGAAACUAGCUUUAAAUCAAAGUUUUAUCUAUAGUCUUUUUAUUAGAAUUGAAAUCAUUCAUGGGGAAAAUGUGCCAGAGGGUUGAAAUUGCCCUUGUAAAUGUACACUAUUUUUUAUAUGUUUGGGUUAAUAUUUUGAAAAGGUGUUCUGGAAGGAAAAUAUGUAUUGAACAAUACUGGUUGACCCUUAAAUUAUAACUAGUGUUAUGUAAAUCACAGAAAAUUGAAAAAAGUCUGGUCCAUACACAAUAGUUUGGGUUCUAUGAGGUCCCGAAUGUGGCUUAUUUCAAUGUUUAAUCUGUUUACCUUGAAAAACAUAGAAAAUUGAAUAAGUCAAGAAUUUGACUAUGCUCAUCACCCAAAACCAGGUUUUUCUAAUUGCUUUUUCACCUGGGUUUGUGGCAAUACCAGUUAUGCGACCACGAAAAAUGCGCGCGGCAUAGUAUAACUCAACUUAUUUUAGUGAGUUUGUUAAAGAAUUGUGCUCACUAUAUAUGCCUGUGGUAUCUAAGAUUUUUUUCAUAACAUUAGAUGAUAAAUUUAAGUUCUGUUUUCUUUUAUUUUUAGGUGAUAGUAUCUGUUCACAUUGUGUUGGUAUCAAAUUUUGCACAAGAUUAAAUUAUUAUUUCACAUUCCUUUAUUGAAAUAUCCAAAUAAAUGGAAUAUGACAUCAAGCUGGAGGACUUAAAAUCCUGUUUCCAAACUUGUUUUUGUAAAAAUAGAAAAUAACAACUUAUUAUGUGUUGUUCUAAUAAAAACUAUUGUUUGUGAUAUGCAUAUUAAAUUUUUGAAAUUACAUUUCAUUCUUUGUUAAAAUGUGUACUAGGAUACUGAAAUCUUUCAGAUAAGCUAACAAUACCUUUGUAACUUAUAUAGCCAAGUGUUCUAUCUAUUUAUGUUCAGAUUAAACAAAUGAUGGGUAAAAUAUUAGAUUAGAUUUUUGCCAAAAAAUGAGCUUGCCUGUUUUCAAAGCAUAAAAAGCAAUCAAAUAAAGCAAAAGUACUUAUUUUCAAUUUAAAACCUUUGGAAUGCAUAACUUAAUGUUUUCCACUAAAUAUUACAAAGUUUUCGUUCAUUAAAAUGUUGUUUUAUCAGCUUUAAAACCAGAUAAAUUCACGAAACACUCUUAAUAUAUGUCGCCAUAUUGAUUUUCUUCGCGCAUGCUCAGACAAAUUGCCCACCUAUUCCUUGGGGUAAGUUAAUCGGCUUUUGAACAACCGGCUCGAGAUCUGCAAACAAGUUGUAACAAGGUUGUUGUCAAGCCGAUAUCAGAAUGUUUUAGUAGUGCUUGUUCCCAGUUGUUGUGCAAUAAAGGCAAGACUGAAUGAGAAAGUGGAUCAGAUUCUGUGAGACAUAGGCGCCCAGGUAUCCAUAAUCUCAACGAGCUUUAUUAGAGAGUACUUCCCAAAUGUGUUGAUUCGUGAUGUAGGUGAUCUGCUGGACGGCGAUCUUAACCUAACCGCAGCCAAUGGUAGCGACAUACCAUACAGAGGGUGGGUGGAGUUUGACUUGCAAAUAGGAGAUUCGGAACACGUUCUUUCGGUGCCUUUCUUAGUUACCGAUGAGAAAGUGGGAGUUCCGUUAGUGGGUUUCAACGUUAUAGAACAUUUAAUCAAAUUUAAUAAACUGAACGGUGAUGAAAUAGCUGCAGCUUUCGUUAGAAUAAAUGCUUGUGACGCGACAGCCCUUGUGAAUUUAGUGAACAGUGCAAACCACGAUGAACUGUGCGUUGUAAAGACUUGCAAGAAAGAUGUUGUCGUACCUCGUGGACAAUCCGUAAAAGUGAGUUGCAGAGUAAACACAGGUCCUCUAGAUAGUAGACAAUACGACCAAACAUGACAUUACUUUAAAGAACAGGACAGUUUUAGGCCACUUACAACUUGUGCAAUCAGUUACUCCGAAGUAAAGCUAAAGACAGAAGACACUCGUGGGGUAGAUAAGUCGAAUCCAAACGGAACAGAUAGUUCGCAGUCAGGCCAAACCAGUCAGUUUUCGCACGACGAAACAAGCGAACCGUUGAAUUUACCCUCUCACUUAAAGAAUGUUGAUAUGAUUACCUUAAAUGAAGAGCAAAGAAAAUUAGCCACAAAACUUCUGAUCGAACAAACUGAUGUUUUUGCAAGAAACGAUGACGACAUCGAUAGCAUUCCAGACCUCCAGAUGAAUAUUAAUUUGAAGGACAAAACACCUGUCCAGAAAAAUUAUGUUGCUGUACCAAAACCACUAUACCCAGAGGUUAAAGCGUAUAUAGAGGACUUACUAAAUCGAAGCUUUAUUCGCAAGUCUACCUCCUCUCACAGCUCUCCAGUCGUGUGUGUUAGAAAAAAGGACCAAAGCUUACGACUAUGCAUGGACUACCGCGAGUUAAACAAGAAAACCCACGCAGAUCGGCAUCCAAUACCUAGGAACCAGGAAACGUUAGACAAUUUAGGAGGCAACUCAUGGUUUUCCGUGCACGACCAAGGCAAAGCAUACCAUCAAGGAGUCCUAACCCCUGAAAGUCAGCCUCUUACUGCUUUCAUAACGCCGUGGGGACUCUACGAAUGGGUUAGGAUCCCAUUUGGCCUGGCCAAUGCACCCGCCUCGUUCCAACGUUUUAUGGAAACGUGCCUUGGUGAACUAAGAGACGAAAUAUGCGUACCAUAUCUCGACGAUAUUAUCGUAUUCAGUGCCACGUUUGACGAGCACAUUUCACACCUCCGAAAGGUCCUACAGCGGCUUAAAGAACAUGGCGUAAAAUUGAAACCAAAAAAAUGUUCAAUGUUCAAACGAGAGGUCUUAUUCCUUGGACGAAUUGUUUCAGCAGAAGGCUAUACAUUGGACCCGUCGACAGUUGCUCCAGUCCUCCGAUUAAAAUAG